AUGACUAUCACCACUCACUUCACUCUGAACACUGGCGCCAAAAUCCCGGCUGUGGGGUUUGGAACAUGGCAAGCCAAACCUAUGGAGGUUGAGAAUGCCGUUGAGAUUGCGCUCAAGCAAGGGUACCGUCACAUCGACUGUGCCGCUAUCUAUCGCAAUGAGAAAGAGGUAGGAAACGGAAUCCGCAAAUCGGGUGUUGCCCGGGACGAGGCCUUUGUUACUGGCAAGUUGUGGAACACGAAGCAUGCCCCCGGUGACGUCGAGGCUGCUUUGGACAAGUCCUUGACAGAUCUGGGCCUUGAAUAUCUUGAUCUUUAUCUUAUGCAUUGGCCUUGUGCUUUCAAGGGCAGUGAUAAAUGGUUCCCCCUUGACAAGGAUGGUGUGUUUGAGCUAGCAGAUGUUGACUACAUUACAACCUACAAGGCAAUGGAGAAUCUGCUGGCAACUGGAAAAGUACGAGCUAUCGGAGUUUCAAACUUCAAUAUUCGUCGCCUGGAGGAGCUGCUGAGCCAAGUUAGCGUGGUACCCGCAGCAAACCAAAUUGAAGCCCACCCAUAUCUUCAGCAGACAGAACUGCUGAAAUUCUGCCAGAGCAAGGGAAUCAUCGUUGAAGCCUACUCGCCGUUGGGAAACAACCAGACCGGGGAACCCCGAACCGUUGACGACCCACUUGUCCAAGAUGUCGCGCGUGAGGAGGGUCUGGAUUCGGGUGCUCUUCUUGCCAGCUGGGGUGUCCAGCGCGGAACCGUGGUUUUGUCGAAGAGUGUAACCCCUUCGCGCAUUGCCUCUAACCUUCAGGUUCGGGGAUUGUCCGAGCCUGCUUUUGCGAAGCUCACUGCCUUGGAGAGACACAAGAGGUUCAACUUCCCUGCUAUUUGGGGUUAUGAUAUUUUCGAAGAAGUGGGUGAGGAGGCUGUCCGCACGGCUGCCUUGGAGGCUGGCCCGGCAAACAAGAUCAAGUUUGUCGUAUAG